UGCAAACCAGGUAUAAGCUGCGCUCGUAAUCAAAGGGUCAACCCACAAACAUGUCAAUGUGAAUGUGCCAAGAGGCCACAGUGCAGCCGAUUUCAAGACUUCAACCCUCGGACAUGUCGGUGUGAGUGCGAAAACAGACCGUGCCCACGUAACCAGGUUUUGAAUCCAAAGACAUGCCAAUGUUCUUGCAAGCCGGGGAUACGCUGUUCCCGCAAUCAAAGGGUCAAUCCCCAUACAUGUCAAUGUGAGUGCGACAAGAAGCCACGGUGUAGCAAAUACGAAGUCUUCAACCCCUACGCUUGUCAAUGCGAGUGUCAAGGCAAAUGGUGCCCUGGA